CAUUUCCGUCCUCUGCUGCAUCCUUCUGUCGCAUUGACGUUUCGGGCAUCCGAUCAACUUGUACCUCGUUCCACACAUUUUCCCGCCGGGAUUCACGCAGUCACCAUCAUGAACACUCUGAACCAACAGUACGAGGAGAAGGUGCGUCCCUGCAUCGACCUCAUCGACUCUCUUCGCUCUCUGGGAGUAGAGAAGGACUUGGCGCUGCCUGCUAUCGCCGUGAUCGGAGACCAGAGCUCGGGGAAGAGCUCCGUGUUGGAGGCGCUGUCGGGGGUGGCUCUGCCAAGAGGGAGUGGCAUUGUGACGAGAUGUCCUCUCGAGCUGAAGAUGAAGAGAAAGAGAGAAGGAGAAGCGUGGUACGGGAAGAUUAGCUACAAGGGCCAUGAAGAAGUUAUAAAAGACCCUGCAGAUGUGGAGAAAAUGAUUCGAGAAGCUCAGAAAACAUUGGCAGGGGUCGGGGUUGGGAUCAGUGAUGACCUCAUUAGUCUAGAGAUCGCCUCUCCUGAUGUUCCUGACCUGACCCUCAUUGACCUGCCCGGCAUCACCAGGGUGGCUGUAAAGGGACAGCCUGAGAACAUUGGAGACCAGAUAAAGAGACUGAUCCAGAAGUUUAUAACAAAACAAGAGACCAUCAGCUUGGUGGUUGUUCCAUCCAACGUGGACAUAGCAACCACAGAGGCUUUGAAGAUGGCACGGGAGGUGGAUCCUUCUGGAGACAGGACUUUGGGUAUCUUGACCAAGCCUGACCUGGUGGACAAAGGCACAGAGGAGACAGUGGUUGAUGUUGUCCGUAAUUUUGUCAUCCAUCUGAAGAAGGGCUACAUGAUCGUCAGGUGCAGGGGUCAGAAGGAGAUCACUGACAGGGUGACUCUUACUGAUGCUAUAAAGAGAGAAAAGGCCUUCUUCCAGGAUCAUGCCCUUUUCAAGGUUCUCUACGAUGAAGGCCAUGCAACGGUUCCUAAACUGGCAGAAAAACUCACCCUUGAGCUUGUGCAUCAUAUCCAAAGAACUCUACCUCACCUGGAAAAUCAGAUAGAGAUUAAACUAACGGAGACCCAGGAAAAGCUUGAUAAAUGUGGCAGCGGACCCCCACUCGAUGCAGCUGAGAAACUCGGUUUUCUCAUUGACAGAGUGGCAGCGUUUACAAAGGAUGCUAUCAGCUUCAGCACCGGGGAAGAAAUCCAAUUUGGAGGCCAACUCAAUAUCUUUGCCACACUCCGAGAACAGUUUACGGGUUGGAAAAAUAACAUAGAGAAUUCUGGAAUAAUAUUUAACCAGAAGAUUGAGAAAGAAGUGAAUCAGUACGAAAAGAGGUACCGUGGGAGAGAACUACCGGGUUUCAUAAACUACAAGACCUUUGAGGACAUGGUCAAGGAGCAGAUUAAAAAGCUGGAAGUUCCGGCUGUGCUGAAGCUCAAGGAAGUGACAGACCUUGUGAUGAAAGAGCUGUUUGAGUUGGCACAGAGCAGCCUUGUUGGAUUUCCUAAUCUCAUCAAAAUUGCUCAGGUGAAGAUAAACACCAUCACAAAGGAGAAGGCGACUGCAGCAGAGUCCAUGCUGAAGACUCAGUUUAAGAUGGAAAUGAUUGUCUACACUCAGGACAACAGAUACAGCAAGAAGCUGGUGAAGCGCAAGAGGGAUGAAGAUAUGCUGUGUUUGAAAUUCAGCAAUGACAGUGGGGCCACCCUGAGAGAGAUGAUUAAACACCUGCAGUCUUACUACAAAAUUGCUGGUCAGCGGCUGGCUGACCAGAUCCCGCUGAUCAUCCGCUACCAGGUGAUGCAGGAGUCUGCCGUCCAGCUGCAGAGGGAGAUGCUGCAAAUGCUGCAAAACAAGGAGAACACAGAGCUGUUCCUUCAUGAGGACUGUGGCAUAAAAACAGAAAGAAUCCGCCAUCAGAAUUGCAUAGAGCGAUUGUCAGCGGCACGAAUUCUGUUAACUGACUUUAGUCUGAACACAUCCAACUUCAACCAAGGGCGUAGGUUUGGUCCCAAGCAGGGAAGCUACACAACAACCCACCCAGUACCCCCCACAUCCACCGCCGUGAUGGCAACUGCUGCAAAACGCAAAAGAUAAAAAUACUAACACUAAAUUCUGACAGCCAAAGGGUUAUUUAACCUAAUACUUUAGAUCUGUAUUUACAUUUCAACAGAGUAUACACAGAUCAAAAACUAAAAUAUAGCAUGAUUUUGGAACAGACUUUCUAAUGGAAAUGAGAAAAAACAUAAAACAAUAUUUUGGUUUUCAACAUCCAACAUCGACACUCAAAAGGUUUACCUAAAUUCUGUGUAAUAACUUUUUUCCUUUUAUAUUCUGUAGUAUUCCUUGUUUUAUUUUGCAGCAAGAUUGCUGCAAUCCCUCAGCAAAGGCUUGCACAUAGCUAUUAUUUGUUACAUUGGGUUUUACAUUGUUAAUCAAUGUGUUGUUAUCUUGCAGUAGAAUAAUAAAGAAGAAGAAAAAA